AUGCAAGAGCUCAACCAGUCUGCAGUGACAGAAUUCAUUCUCUUGGGCUUUGCUUCCAACCCCAGGACCAAUCCUCUGCUCUUCACCUUCUUUCUAGUCUUUUAUCUGCUGAUCCUUGUGAGCAACAGCCUCCUCAUCACCCUCAUUCAUCAGGAUCCGCGCCUCCAUACACCCAUGUACUUUUUCAUCAGUGUCCUCUCCCUGCUGGAUGUGUGCUACACCACCACGACUGUGCCCCAGAUGCUUGUGCACAUUCUCAGCAAGAAGAGGUCCAUCUCCUUUGAAAGAUGUGUGGCCCAGAUGUAUAUCUUCCUACUCUUUGGUGUCACUGAGUCCUGGCUCUUCUCCAUUAUGUCAGUGGACAGGUAUAUGGCCAUCUGCCAUCCCCUCAGGUACAAAGUCAUUAUGAGCCACUGGAUGUGUCUCCUCAUGGUGGGUGUCUGUGCAACUUAUGGUGUAGUAGGAAGUCUGUGCUACACCUUCUUUGCCAUGCGCUUGCCUUACUGUGGCCCCAAUGAAAUAGACCAUUAUUUCUGUGAGGUUCCUGCUGUCCUGAAGCUGGCCUGUGCAGACACGUCCCUCAAUGACUUGGUGGACUUCAUCAUAGGCUUCAAUGUUAUUGUGGUCCCACUCUCCCUGGUUGCCAUUGUCUAUGCCAACAUCUUUGCCACCAUCCUGAAGAUCCGCUCCACGCAGGGACGGAUCAAGGCUUUCUCCACUUGUGCUUCCCACAUCACUGUAGUCACUAUGUUUGCCAUCCCUUGCAUCAUCAUGUAUAUGAGCCCAGGCUCUGGAUACUUGUCAAACAAUGGGAAGAAAAUGGCCCUUUUCUAUAACAUUGCCACAGCCUUUCUCAACCCUGUCAUAUACAGUCUGAGAAACAAGGAUGUAAAAAGGGCAUUCUUCAAAUUGAUGGGAUGGGGAAGGGCCUCAGAGUGA